CGGAAGUGACGUUUAGGGAAGGUGGGGGCAAUCAUGGUGCCGCUGGGGAGGGGAGAAGCUGCCGCUGCCGCCGUUGCCGGGAGCCGCGGAGACAGGUCAUUAUCUUUCCAUUUCUCACAAUUGGGCUGAGCACGAUUGAACCAUGGGGGAACACAGUCCAGACGACAACAUCAUCUAUUUUGAAGCAGAGGAAGAUGAGCUGACCCCCGAUGACAAGAUGCUCAGGUUUGUGGACAAAAACGGACUGGUGCCUUCCUCAUCUGGAACUGUUUAUGAUAGGACAACUGUUCUCAUUGAGCAGGACCCUGGCACUUUGGAGGAUGAAGAUGACGAUGGACAGUGUGGAGAACACUUGCCUUUUCUAGUAGGGGGUGAAGAGGGCUUUCACCUAAUAGAUCAUGAAGCAAUGUCCCAGGGUUAUGUGCAACACAUUAUCUCACCAGAUCAGAUUCAUUUAACAAUAAACCCUGGUUCCACGCCCAUGCCAAGAAAUAUCGAAGGUGCAACUCUCACUCUGCAGUCGGAAUGUCCAGAAACGAAACGUAAAGAAGUAAAGCGGUACCAGUGCACCUUUGAGGGCUGUCCCCGCACCUACAGCACAGCAGGCAACCUGCGCACCCAUCAGAAGACUCACCGAGGAGAGUACACGUUUGUCUGCAAUCAGGAGGGCUGUGGCAAGGCCUUCCUCACCUCCUACAGCCUCAGGAUCCAUGUGCGAGUGCACACGAAGGAGAAGCCAUUUGAGUGCGACGUGCAGGGCUGUGAGAAGGCGUUCAACACGCUGUACAGGCUGAAAGCACAUCAGAGGCUUCACACAGGGAAAACGUUUAACUGUGAAUCCGAAGGCUGCAGCAAGUACUUCACCACACUCAGCGAUCUGAGGAAGCACAUCCGAACCCAUACAGGAGAAAAGCCAUUUCGGUGUGAUCAUGAUGGCUGUGGGAAAGCAUUUGCAGCGAGCCACCACCUUAAAACUCACGUCCGUACACAUACUGGUGAAAGACCCUUUUUCUGCCCCAGUAAUGGCUGUGAGAAAACAUUCAGCACUCAGUACAGUCUCAAAAGUCACAUGAAAGGUCACGACAAUAAAGGACACUCAUACAAUGCACUUCCAAAUCACAAUGGAUCAGAGGAUACAAAUCACUCACUUUGUCUGAGUGAUUUGAGCCUUCUGUCCACAGAUUCUGAACUGCGAGAAAAUUCUACAGGCCAGGACCUCAGCACAAUUUCACCAGCAAUCAUCUUCGAAUCUAUGUUCCAGAAUUCCGAUGACACGGCAAUUCAGGAAGAUCCUCAACAGACAGCUGCCUUGAUUGAAAGUUUUAAUGGUGAUGCAGAGUCAGUCAGUGAUGUUCCGCCAUCCACAGGAAAUUCAGCAUCUUUAUCUCUCCCGCUUGUACUGCAGCCUGGCAUGUCCGAGCCACCCCAGCCUCUGCUACCAGCCUCAGCACCGUCAGCUCCUCCGCCUGCUCCUUCCCUAGGAACUGGUUCCCGGCAAGCUGCAUUUGGCAACCCCUCUGCUCUCUUCCAACCUCCAGAAGUGCCUGUCCCCCACAGCACGCAGUUUGCUGCUAAUCAUCAAGAGUUUCUCCCGCACCCUCAGGCCCCGCAGCCCAUCGUACCAGGACUCUCUGUCGUUGCCGGGGCUGCGGCGGCGGCGGCAUCACCGGCCGUGGCGGCACCGCCCCAGUCCCAAAGUACUACUGAGCCCCUGCCGGCCAUGGUCCAGACUCUGCCCCUGGGCGCCAACUCUGUCCUGACUCACAACCCCACGAUCACCAUCACCCCGACGCCCAGCACAGCCAUCCUGCAGUCCAGCCUGGUCAUGGGAGAACAGAACCUACAGUGGAUCUUAAAUGGUGCCACCAGUUCACCGCAAAACCAGGAACAAAUUCAGCAAGCAUCUAAAGUCGAGAAGGUGUUUUUUACCACGGCAGUACCAGUAGCCAGUAGCACAGGGAGCUCUGUACAGCAGAUUGGCCUCAGUGUUCCUGUGAUCAUCAUCAAACAAGAGGAGGCAUGUCAGUGUCAGUGCGCGUGCCGGGACUCUGCCAAGGAGCGGGCGGCGGGCAGGAGGAAGGGCUGUUCUUCCCCACCCCCUGCAGAACCGAGCCCCCAGCCUCCUGACGGGCCCAGCCUGAAGCUACCACCACAGACUUUUUCCUCGCCCCCUGACCCCCUGUCGACAUCCUCCGCUGUACCCUCUUCCUGUGAGCAAAGCAGACAAGCCGAGACUCCUUCAGACCCUCAGACAGAAACGUUAAGUGCCAUGGAUGUGUCAGAGUUUUUGUCCCUCCAGAGCCUGGACACCCCGUCCAAUCUGAUUCCCAUUGAAGCACUACUGCAGGGGGAGGAGGAGAUGGGCCUGACCAGCUUCUCCAAGUGAAAGGGCCACGUGCGCUCACCUCCAGGAAAGGAGGAGCGAGCGGGAGGCGGAAGGGCUGGUGCCUGCCUCACUGGGGGUGGGUCAGCAGUUCAAAGGAUGAAGAAAUCUACUGUUUGAAAUCCUCACCUUUCAGAUGUAUUUUCUUUAGUCAUAUCCCAGGAGCAUCCAUUUUAAGGAACUGAUCUUUGGAAAAAAAAAAAAAAAACCAACAAAAAAACAAAACAAAACAAAAAAAGCUAAGUUAUAAAUGAACUGUUUGGCUGCACUGUAUGUCACUUUUGCUUAUUGUCAUGUGAACUUGGAAACUAAGGUUACUCGUAUGCAUAAACAUUCGAAAUGAAA